AUGAGGCAGCGAGUGGGUGUGAAUGUGGAAAUAGAAGGAGGUGGAGGUGCUCUACAAGCAGCUUCCUUUGGAGGCUAUGAGAGCCUUGUAGAGAUAUUGCUUGAAGCUGGCGCCGAUGUCAACGCCCAGGGUGGUCACUACGGCAACGCCAUACAGGCCGCUGCAUGGAAUGGAAGCCCUAGGACAGUGCAAAUACUGCUUGGAGCUGGCGCCGAUGUCAACGCCCAGGGUGGUCACUACGGCAACGCCAUACAGGCCGCUGCAGUGAAUGGAAGCCCUAGGACAGUGCAGAUACUGCUUGGAGCUGGCGCCAAUGUCAACGCCCAGGGUGGUUUGUACAGCAACGCCCUACAGGCCGCUAUAGGGAAUGGAAGCCCUAGGACAGUGCAGAUACUGCUUGAAGCUGGCGCCAAUGUCAACGCCCAGGGUGGUCACUACGGCAACGCCCUACAGGCUGCUGCCGCUGCAUACAAUGGAAGCUCUGAGAUAGUGCAGAUACUGCUUGAGGCUGGCGCCGAUAUCCAUGCCCAGGGUGGUCGCUACGGCAAUGCCUUACAGGCUGCUGCCGCUGCACACAAUGGAAGCUCUGAGAUAGUGCAAAUACUGCUUGAGGCUGGCGCCGAUGUUAAAGCCCAGGGUGGUGAAUACGGCAACGCCCUACAGGCCGCUGCAUGGAAUGGAAGCCCUGAGACAGUGCAGAUACUGCUUGAAGCUGGCGCCGAUGUCCAUGCCCAGGGUGGUGAAUACGGCAAUGCCUUACAGGCUGCUGCCGCUGCACACAAUGGAAGCUCUGAGAUAGUGCAAAUACUGCUUGAGGCUGGUGCCGAUGUUAAAGCCCAGGGUGGUGAAUACGGCAACGCCCUACAGGCCGCUGCAUGGAAUGGAAGCCCUGAGACAGUGCAGAUACUUCUUGGAGCUGGCGCCAAUGUCAACGCCCAGGGUGGUCAAUACGGCAACGCCCUACAGGCCGCUGCAGGGAAUGGAAGCCCUGAGACAGUGCAGAUACUGCUUAGAGCUGGCGCCAAUGUUAACGCCCAGGGUGGUCACUACGGCAACGCCCUACAGGCCGCUGCAAGGAGUAGGAGCCCUAAGACGGUGCAGAUACUGCUUAGAGCUGGAGCCGAUGUCAACGCCCAGGGUGGUCACUACGGCAACGCCCUACAGGCCGCUGCAGGGAGUAGGAGCCCUGAGACGGUGCAAAUACUGCUUGGAGCUGGCGCCAAUGUCAACGCCCAGGGUGGUCAAUACGGCAACGCCCUACAGGCCGCUGCAUGGAAUGGAAGCCCUGAGACAGUGCAGAUACUGCUUGGAGCUGGCGCCAAUGUCAACGCCCAGGGUGGUCACUACGGCAACGCCCUACAGGCCGCUGCAGGGAAUGGAAGCCCUAGGACAGUGCAGAUACUGCUUGGAGCUGGCGCCGAUGUUAAAGCCCAGGGUGGUGAAUACGGUAAUGCCCUACAGGCCGCUGCAUCGAGAGGAAGCCCUGAGACAAUGCAGAUACUGCUCGGAGCUGGCGCCGAUGUCAACACUCAGGGUGGUAAAUAUGGAUCACCUCUCUCGGCGGCUAUUCAUAAGGGCUAUGUUGAUGAAGUUCAAAUCCUUCUUCAUGCUGGAGCAGAUUCACUGCUUGCAGAUGAACUCGGCCGCACUCCUCUUCAUAUUGCAGCUUCAAACAAUAUGCUCCACAUACUCCGUCGCUUUCCACAACUGGCGUUAGCUCUCAACAAGCGAAGUCAUUUCUUACAAACUCCUCUCCACCUGGCGAUGGUUAUGGUAGACAUGUCAUGGACUGGGCAUCCGAUCACGAAACUCUACUACAGGAAAUACAUAAUCACUGCUCUCAUUUGGUGUUGA